AUGAUUGAGGGAAUGGUGAAGGAUAGUGUUAUUGAACCUUCAUCUAGUCUAUGGUGUUCACCUGUGGUGCUGGUAAAGAAGAAGGACGGCAGCAUGCGGUUUUGUGUUGACUACCGCCGCCUGAACGACGUUACAAAGAAGGACAGCUAUCCCUUGCCAAGAAUUGAUGACACGCUGGACAUGCUUACAGGCGUAAAGUGGUUUAGUACGCUGGAUCUGAAAAGUGGCUACUGGCAGGUUGAAAUUGACCCUAAGGACAAGGAGAAAACUGUAUUCUCCACAGGAAAGGGUCUGUGGCAUUAUAAAGUCAUGCCGUUUGGAUUGUGCAAUGCUCCAGCAACGUUUGAAAGGUUGAUGGAGCUUGUACUUACCGGGCUAAUUGGAGAUGCCUGUCUGGUCUAUUUGGAUGACAUCAUCAUCGUAGGCCGUACGUUUGAGGAACACCUUCAAAACCUCAAACGCUUGCUCAUGAAGAUCCAGAGUGCCAACCUCAAGUUGAGUCCAAAGAAGUGCUCACUAUUCAAACGGCAAGUUAGUUUUUUGGGGUAUGUAGUGUCGGAAGAAGGUAUCGGCACGGAUCCAGAGAAAAUUGCUGCUGUCAAGGAGUGGCCGGUCCCAAAAGACAAGACACAGGUUAGAGCAUUUUUGGAUUUGUGCUCUUAUUAUCGGCGAUUUGUGAAGAACUUUGCAGAUAUAGCCAAACCUCUGCACAAGCUAACCGAGGAGAAGCGACAUUUCUGCUGGGAUGAAAGUUGUGAUAUUGCAUUCCAGGAGCUCAAGAACCGUCUGUGCAAAACACCUAUUUUAAGGUACCCUGAUGCGGGCAAGGAAUUCAUAGUUGACACAGACGCAAGUGAUAUAGGACUUGGCGGUGUGUUGUCUCAACGGAAUGGUGAUCAAGAGAUUGUGAUAGCGUACUUCAGCAAGUCGUUGUCAAAGCCGGAAAGGAACUUUUGUGUCACAAGACGGGAAUUGCUUGCUGUGGUAAAGUCCUUGCAGCAUUUUAGCAAAUAUCUUCUAGGGCGGAAAUUCCACUUACGAACUGACCAUGCUGCACUGAAAUGGCUAUUGCAGUUCAAAAAUCCGGAAGGACAAGUUGCGAGAUGGAUUGAACUACUGCAGGAAUACGACUUUGUGAUCGAACAUCGCAGCGGGAAAUCUCAUAGCAAUGCAGAUGCAUUGUCAAGAAGACCUUGCCCUGAAGAUUGCAAGCAUUGUACUAGGCAAGAGGGUAAGGAAGUGGUAUCUGUGAGAAUGCUCAGGACAGACCAGCUCAGCAAUGAGUGGAAGGACAGUCUACAACAUGCACAGCAGGAAGAUUCAGACAUUAAGCCGAUUCUGGAAUGGAUGAAGGCCAGUGCUCCUAAGCCCAAGUGGAGCGACGUCUCAGCAAUGAGUUCGACCACGAAAAGCUAUUGGGCUCAAUGGGACAGCUUACUGAUUCAGGAUGGAGUCCUGUGCCGUAAAUGGGAAAAUGGUCAGGGAAACAGUUGUUCAGGAGGCCACCUGGGAGUUAAACGAACUCUACUGAAGAUCCGAGAACGGAUUUACUGGGUCCACUGUCGUGACGAUGUCGAGGACUGGUGCCGCAAAUGUAAAAGUUGCGCGACUGUAAAGGGACCUCACAUUCGUAGUAGAGGCACAUUGAAAUUGUACAAUGUUGGUCCACCAUGGGAGAGGAUAGCCAUUGACGUUGCGGGGCCGUUUCCGGAAAGUGAAAGUGGUAACAAGUAUUUCAUAGUUGUGAUAGAUUACUUCACUAAGUGGCCAGAAGUCUUCGCCAUUCCAAAUCAAGAAGCUUCAACAGUUGCAGAUAAACUAGUUCAUGAAGUCUUCUGUCGUUUUGGAGUACCCUUAGAGAUUCACAGCGAUCAAGGAAGGAAUUUCGAGUCUCAAAUAUUCCAGGAAACUUGCAGAGUUAUGGGUACUCAUAAAACACGAACAACUUCUUACCACCCACAAUCUGAUGGAAUGGUAGAACGAUUUAAUCAGACAUUGGAAAGGUACCUGGCAAAAGUUGUGGAAAAACGGCAACGAGACUGGGACAGGCACAUACAACCGUUUUUGUUGUCAUAUCGAAGCGCUGUUCACGAAAGUAGAUCAUUGCCGCUAGCUUUCGCAAACUUUGGGAGAGAAUUGCGGCUGCCUGCAGACCUCAUCACCGGAAUACCACCUGAUGCCCCACGCAGUAUAACCGAUUAUGCAAAUGACUUGCGGAACAAAAUGAAUGACAUUUAUGAGCACGUCAGACAGACGGCCCAGCAAACGUCUGAGAAGAUGAAAAUACGGUAUGACCGCAAAAUGAACAACAAGGGGUUUGAUGAAGGUUCACUAGUGUGGUUACACAAUCCAGUUCGCAGCAAAGGGAAAUCUUUUAAGUUUCAAGCUAAAUGGGACGGACCGUACCGGAUUGAGACAAGGAUCAAUGACAACGUAACCUAUCGGAUACAGAAAGGUGCCAGAGGUACUCCUAAGAUUGUCCAUGUGGAUCGACUGGCGCGUUAUUAUGGGGCCUUUAAUGCUUGGGACGAGCAUGUCUUAGGAGGGGGUAGUGUUGCGCGCCACUAUUAA